GACCAACACAGUGUUUGUUUUUAUCUGCGGUGGUAGGCGUUCCUCCGUGUUCGUCCGUUGGCUUUCGAUGCGAGAAGGUUUUUAUCUUCCAUCAUCAACAGCUUUGCCAAUGUUUCUCCCUACGCUCGUGGAGGACAUGCAUCACUUUAAGCCUAGUCGAGAUAGGUUAUACACCACCAGGUGUUGUGGAUGUUGCCAUGUCCGGACGGGGACCAUCAUCCUGGGUACAUGGUACAUGGUAGUCAACCUGUUGAUGGGCAUCCUCUUGACUGUAGCUGUAACGCACCCAGAGAACGUGCCCACAAUCGACUUGCAAUAUGAGGUCAUCGACCAUUACUUUGCCUCCGACAGGAUGUCAGAGAAUGCCUGUGUUGGAUUUGCCAUCUCUCUGCUGAUGCUCACUAUCAGUGCCAUGAUGGUGUAUGGAGCCAUUACUCAUCGUGAUGGCUGGCUCAUCCCGUUUUUCUGCUACCAGCUGUUUGACUUUGCUCUGAGCUGCCUGGUGGCCAUCAGUUCUCUCACCUACCUGCCCAGGAUCAAGGAUUACCUGGACCAGCUGCCGGAUUUCCCAUACAAGGAUAACCUCCUCUCUCUGGACUCAAGCUGUCUGCUGCUGUUUGUGCUUGUUUUCUUUGCCUUCCUCAUCAUCCUCAAGGCGUACUUGAUCAACUGUGUGUGGAACUGCUAUAAGUACAUCAACAAUAGGAACAUGCCAGAGAUUGCUGUGUAUCCUGCCUUUGAGACCCCUCCCCAGGUACGCAAGCCACCUGAGACACUGAUUGAGUAUAUCCUGCCUACUUACGAGAUGGCAAUGAAGAUGCCAGAGAAGGAACCACCUCCCCCUUACAUGCCCGCUUAAGCACCAGCCCUGUUGCCAAAUCACACCCACACACGACCAUCAUAUGCAUUCCUACAUUCCCUUACUAACCUCUUCCCAGCAUCCUUACAUCCUUAUCCUCUCCCCUGACCUACUGUGUAUGUGUAAGGCCACUGAAAAUGUUUUUUCAAACCCUACCCGCUGUAUUUCUAUAGUGUUUAUAGAAGUGUGAGAGGGAAAAGAUUGAAAUCUGUGUGAAAUGAAUGAAUGAAUGUGAUAUUUGAAAAGCAAUGGAAGCUAACAGCACACAUUUCCUCUGGCCUUUUUAUGUCUUAGUGGAAUGAAUACAUGUGAAACUUAAAUGCUUGAAAUGCUCUCUUCAGUCCAGCAUCAUCCUGUCUAUAGAUUGAUAUAUGAAGUAUAAAAAAAAGUUAAGACAAUCUGUCACUUAUUAUAAUGAUUACUGUUUAACUGUGUUGCUUUUUCCUUAAUUAUUAAGAUCUAGACUACUCCAUCUCAGCCGUGAGUGGAGUCUGUAGCACUUUUUUGUCCGUUAUUUAUUUAGCUUUGCUGUGGUUCAGUUCAUUGGCGCCGCCCUUGACAUUUUCAUCAUUCUCCAAUGCUCUGAUGUGUUACCAAUGUUAGUGAAUAUUUUUCCAGCUGAGAUUAAGCGAGGGGAAGCAGAAGGCACUGAUCACAGGUCAUUUUCUCUGCUGCUUAUUUUCCACCUGACAUCUGGAGAAAACGACUAGUCUUGUGAACAUUAGUAGUUGCAUGCUUAUCUGCCCCCCUGUUACUUUACUGGUAAUAUGAUUUUUGUCCUAGUGGAAAAACAUUUGACUUCAAUAAAUGAACAUUUAAAUCUUCA